UUAUUAAAUCGCAUCUUUACACACAAGUAUACAUACACAAAACAGAAAAAUAAAAUAAACGAUAAGAUGAAUCAAGCAGCAACAAUGAACUCACACGGAUCUCAAUAAAGCUCGUUCAUAUGUUCAAGUAUGCACUGCACAAGAUGCCAAAAAAUUUAAAGAAAGCAUAAUCUUACACGAAUUUGCACACCACCACCUGAAGAUCGCACGUCAAGUGUGUGUAUGCGAUGGGAUAUAAUCGUAGUCUAAAUUGUGUAAAUAGGUAACUCUUUGUUUCCUUUUACGAGAGGGGCGACAAGAUGCAUGCUUGGAUUGCAUAGUCGCAGGUAAGUAAGUACAUAUGUACAUGUGAGAAUGAACACAUGGGACGCACACACACAAGCCAACAACUCUUGUCGCCGAAGAAUAUGCCACUUGUUCACGUUACACAAAUUGUAAACGUAAUAAUGCAGCAGCAAGUAAUAAGUACGCCACCCAAAAAAGUAACCUGACUUUAACAGAUUGAAUCAUUAAAUUCAAAAAUGCAAUGGGAAUCCUUUACAAUCUUUGUUAAAAAGAGUCCUUCACUCCACUUCAAUAAUCUGGCGACGACGAUGAGAGGAGAGCACAGGUUGUAAAUGUGCACUUGAGCUGUCAAAUCAAAAAGAAAAUCUUUUACAUAUUUCAAAUCAUUCUUCCAAAGGUAACCGUGUCAUCACCAGAGAUUUGUGAGUCUGAAAGGGAGGAGGGCCGUUGUUAUUUAGCAGAUUUAUAAUUUUGAGUAAAAUUUUAAACAAAACUUAAUUGUCCAAUUCCGGAUGUCGUGACCAGUUCGGUGUACGUUAUGAUAGCGAGUAUCGUUAAAAAGUGAUUGGUUGGUGGGGGUGCUUAUUUGUUGUUAGUAUCAGUCACUACCGCUAAUUAGAGGCGAAUUCUUUAUGAAGUAGGCAAAGUUGCAUUCAUAAUUUCAUUCGUGAUUCACUCUCUUGAUGAGUGUUGUUGCUAGUAGGGUGUGAUUUCAUUAAGAAAAAGAUAAAAAGUUUUGAUCCCUACGUGAAUACUACAUAUAUUACUCAUCUGUGGUUUGACUUGCAUAAUUUGCAAAAAAAAAGAAGAUUGUGUGCUAAUGAGAAGAAAGUGACGUGGGAUUAAAUAAUUGCAUAAAUUCAGUGAAAAUGAUUAAGUUGAGACUUGUAUUGUGGUUGUUGCCUUUGGUGUCAACCUCCGUCCUUGGCGGAAGUUAUGGCAGCAGCAGCAGCAGUUUUACUGAUUCUGGUUCUGACCUACCGGAAGAUCAGGUCGAAGAAGUUCUCGCCCUGUACAGAAAACAUUGUCGGACCGGAUAUGGGACCGGAGGAUAUGGGUCGUAUGGGCCUCCUCCGUCGUCAAUAGGAGGCGGAUACGGUGGUGGUCCUAGCAAUCGACCAAACGUUAACAUUGUGUGCAAAGAAGGCAACGAACAUCAUGCACCCCCCAAGAAGCAAAUUAUCCGCAUUCCUACCCAAAAACCGAGGAAAAACAUCGUCUUCGUAGAAGCUCCCACGUUAAGACUUAAACAUCAAAUUAAUCUCAUUUCGAAUGGAGAACAAGGUAAACGUACAGUGAUUUAUGUGUUGCCUCAAAAAGCCUCCCAUUCCCUUAAAGUAUGGGACAAACGAGGACAAACGGCUCCGGCAAACGGGAAGCCGCAAGUCUUUUUCUUGAAGAAUGACAAAUUACCGCAUCAACCAAUUCCUGAAUAUCAUCCGCAACAACCAGUCGGAUCAGGUUAUGGAGUUCCUGUACAACAAAAACCAGUCGAAGGGUAUGGACCUCCUGUACAGCAACAGCCGGUCGUCGUGACCACGCCCAGACCAGUUUACGGACUUCCGGUCACGACCUAUCGACCAAGUACCGGUUAUGAAACUGUGGUUGUCCAACCAACCCCACAACCAGCUCCGAGUAGUGAAUACGGAUUUCCACCACCGAAACAGCAAUAUUCUCUCCUGCAAAGUGGCGGAGGUCUGGUUCCCUUUGACCCUUCUAGUUUAGGUCCAGAAUAUGAAAUCGUUCCUGCCGAUCAAGGAACACGGAACGCGUAUCAAAAUCUGUUUGCGUUGGGUGGUGGUGCUGGACUUCAAUCCGUAUCUCCGUCUCAAAUUCAACCACAAUUUCAACUCCAGACUGAGACAACGUAUGAUGAAGGUGUUGGUCGUGGUGGUGAAAGUGCAAGUGAGCCAGAAACCCUGGUUCAACCUCUGAGUGCAGCAAGUUUGUACAAAUCCGUCGACUCUAAUGGUGCUUAUGCUUCCGGAGGAAAAUUGCAAUUUCCUUCAGAAUCUAUUCAAAAUUAUCAAAUCCAAGCUUUCGACGGGAGUAAGAAACAGGAACCAAGCGUUGGAGUGAAAACGUUGGAUGACGACGGUGAUGACGAGGACCUUACCGACGCUGAGGCUGAGAAACGUAUCAAAUCCUUGAUUUCUGCUUAUGAAAGUCGUCAAACAUCGACACCCACGCCGAGCACGAUUACUGAAGCCACAACGACCACCACCACGACGACUACUACGACCACACCCACACCAAUAACAAGUACCACCACGACAGAGCAAAACUUUCAGCCAAGACGGCUCAGCACGGACUUGUUUAACGAAAAAUUCGUCCGUGCUUUAAUAUCUAGUGCGAAAAGCGCUUCAAAUAGUAAUAAUAACAAUAAUGAGUCUGGUGCCAUAAGCAAUAACAAUAAUUAUAGUAACGUAAUUUUUAGAUAUUUUAGAAAUUCUGAUCAACAGCUCAAUAGUUUAAGGCCACCAGCACCACAAUUAGAACAAGGAGACGAAGCCACGCCAAAUAAUAGGGUAACAUCGAGCUCAAAAAGGUCCAUAGAUAAACCCACCUUUGAAUUCUUUCCUGCCAAUUUUGUUAGCUAUUCAUACACCAAAGUUGAUGCGGAUAAGACAAAUUAAGUAUUACGUGUUUUUUUCUACGUAUUUAAUCAAUUUUACGAUAAAAUGAGCUAAUUACUUAUGUAAAUUGAACUGAUCGAGUAGAAUCAAUCGAUCAAUUAAAUUUAUCUGAAAUACCCUUGUUCAUAUUAUAUCAAAGAUAAAUCAAUUAGUGCAAUUUUUAUCAGUUUUCUCGGCUUCAUAGACUUGUUCCUUACUGGGUUUGGCUCUAUUUUUUUGUACUUAUCAUUUCAAGACUUGUUUUCCUGUUGAUCUAUAUCUAUCAAAUAAAUUGUAAUUAAAUAAGGAUCGGUUCAACCGAUAAUCUACUUAUCAAUAACGAAAAGAGUGUGUCCGUCCAUUAUCAGUUGAUUAAUGUAGAAACGUGUGCAUGUGCUAUUUGAGUAAGAGAAGUAGCGGACAUAUUAUUUAAUGAGGUCGACCAGUCGGCAGUGAAUGUUGUUGUUGCAUGUCUUUCUUUUUAGGAAAUACUUUUAAUUUUUGAUAAAGCUACGUAGUAAAUAUUCCUGUUUGGGAGACAGACAUUCUGGUCAAUCGAAGAACCCCAAUAAAUCUGCGCGAUGAGAUAAACACUUACUUUUGGAGGUGGAGAUGGUCGGUCGGCAUAUGUGAAAAAAAUGAAUAGCCAUUUGUUGUAUAAUAGGAACGCGAACUAGCCGAACGACUUGCACUUUUUUUACAACUUGAAAAUUUAUGGGAUUCAAAUGAAACGAACGAUAAAUAGGAUGCACGUUUUAUAAGACAGCGAAAGAAACAUGCUCGUGGGUGAUGAUGCACAUUGUUGCUAGAAAUAUUGUACUAAUCAUUGUAUUAAUGACUACUUUUACAAGAUUUUGUAUUGUGAGUAUUUUUAUAAAGUUUGUAAAAUCGCGAUGAAAGUAAAGAAAAAAAAUUGUUAUACGGAAUGAAAUGAAAAGUUGGACUCAAUUAUAUUUCUUUGAAUUACUAGCUGCCACAAAUUCUAAGAAUAAUACUGUCCGCAUAUCAUAAUACAUACCGUUGUCAUCGUCAAAUAUUUAUUCUCAUUCCGACAAAUAAAGGAAAUUGGGUGAAUUUUCAUGCGAAAUUAUUAA